GAUCCUUCUUUACCACAAAUAUAUAAGUAUCCCCACCUAUUCCCUCCCUUUUCUUCUACUCGGAUCCUCGGGUAGGACGAAUAAUACACUUUUACAACUCUGUCUCGUCAAAUCAACAUUCAUUCAUCCCUUUUUCUUCCUUGUCCGUUUUCUUCACGAUCAACUCAUAGCGCAUCGCUUUCAUAGAACGUAUUCGACGUAAAGACGAUAUUUUCACGGUUGUUCCAUUAUCGGCUGGUCUUUCGUUCUGAUACUUCCGUAUUCGAUAGCGAAUUUCAAUUGACACUAACAUCGACGCGAUACAUCUUUUUUUCACUUCUGUACAAAGAUCUACGAGCUUGAAGAUUAAUCUUUCGACCCAACGAUUCUUCUUUUUCGUCUUUUGUCAUUUUCCUUCAAUUUCGUAUUUCUUUCACUUUUAGUCAUUGUUCUUGAUCAAUUGUAUCCUUACAUCUUUGUUCUUCCUUGAUAUCUAUCGUUUUGUAUAAUUCGACAAUUGUCCAUCUUCGACCCCUCACGAAGACUCAAGUAUCAAGUCACAACACUCAAGAAUCAACAAUAAGUAAGUACAAGACGUCUCUGGUAGAUUGUCAUCUCUCUUUCAAACGAUUCCACACUUUACUUUUCAACACUCCUUUACUCUCCUUCAAUCAAAGGAUCUCUUACCCAACCUCUUUCACCCUUUUCCUUCACUCCAGCUAAAUCUCCCUUGUUUCUUUCUCUCUUCAAUCUUUCUCUUCCGACGAAACCAAGUAGAGCCUGUCGAACAGGUUUCUCUACUCGAGCUGGUCUCGUUCAACCAUCGAUACGCCCUCACCCGUCAGACGACUCAGCAGUGAACUUUUAAAACCACCCAGUCAAAACAAUAUGGCUCAAUCUCUCUUUAUCCCUUCCCCAAUGGGUAUGACCGGUAUACCCGCUUCACCAGAUCCUACACCUCUUCGUCUCCUUGCAUUCUCCGUCGCCGAAGCCGCUUUACAAUCUGAUCCUAAUUCUCCCUCGUUCAACACCACGCGUGUUUCCCAUCAUCAGAAUCAGAAUCAUGUUCAGUGGUCAAUGCAACCCCAGCAGAAUGCGAAGAACUCUAAGAUGAAGCUUUGGAACGUAGCUGAAAGAGCUAGAGAACGUCAUGAUAAAAUUUCACCUCUUAAAACCCAAACGGAGCAACCGCCUUCAGAUUACACCUUUGUCCUUCCUCCUAACUCCCCACUUGCCGCUUCCAUCUCAACAGAACAACCCUUUGCUCAACUUUCCCUCAACCCUAUCAAAUCAUACACGUCACAAACACGUUCAGCGGAACCCUCCCCCAUCAAAUCCACUUUUGCCCGUUUGGACCAAUCACGUCCCCCACCCGUGUUCAUCCCACGUCUUUCCGCCCGGGAGUUUUCAGCAGAGGCUCAACGUAAUGCGACUUCGGUGAAACAUAGUAGGACCAAAUCAGACAUCGGUCUUCCUUCCGCUACAAUCAUCACUGAACCUUCCUCGCCAUCUGAACGUCUCCGAGCUCAGGCUCAAGUUGUCACACCCAAGGUACCUCUUCCUGGAACGGGACGUAGACUUCCUUCCCUCGCUCAGAUCCAUGCCAGGGUAUCGGAAGAAUCUCUCCGACGCAAUAGUCAACCGGGCAAUGUUCCCAAACCUAGGGGUUUCGCAGUCCGAUCAGACUCGGACGAAAGUCUUGAAAUCCUUCAAACACCAGUGGAAGAAAAGCGCAACCCAAUGCUUUCCAUUUCCAUCGUCAGUUCGGAUUCAAGACCUUCCACUCCUCCUAGUCCAUCUAAGGAACCUCGUCUCGCACCAUUUUUGAGGGAUCGAACAUUCAGUAGACUGGCAAAUGUCCGUCCUCCUUUAUCCAUUCAAGGUAGGACCAGUCCGAAACCAACUCUGACGGUCACUCCACCUUCUACGGAGAACCGUCCACCUCCUUUGACGUUAUUCACCAAUAAAUUCGCCCAUCCUUCUCCCACACGAGCAGCUCUGAACAUGUCCCCGACGGAAAUGCGUUUCCCAGCCAAUCUGACAGUUUCCACUCCUCCACCUAGAAAUGUCAGUUCUCCAUCUCUUGGAUCACCCGUCUCUCCGACAGGCUCGACCAAAUCGUUCAGAUCAUCUUCCACCGCCAGUCCCACGUUGAGUAUCCCACGUAUCACGUGCACACCGGCGAAAACUAUCAUCAUCGAAGAUGGCGUGGAGAGGGAGUCAGACGAGGAGAGUGAGGAUGAAGAGGUAGUAGUGUUUGAUGGUGAGAAGGAGGCGGAAGAGGAAAGGGAAGAAAGGGAACGUAGGGCUAGGGCUAUGAAAGAUAGGCUUUCUUUACGUCGAAGGUCUGAUUAAGUGGGGUGGAUCUCACUUUGAGACAUAUGGACAGGCUUAGGUAUGUGUAUCACCAUGGACAAUUGACAAACGAUGAUUGUAUAUCCGAGAGAAGAUACGAUGGUUGGAUGAUGUGAAGGUAUUUUGAACUUAAAUGAUUGAGAAGAACAAAUGGGGAUGAGUGUGAAUGACGAGGAAGAGUAUGUUUAUGGAAGAAAAACGAGUAACUUGUGGAAAGGAAAUGUUGGAGGAUGGAAAGAUGAAAGAGAAUGUGGAUGGAGAAAGAUUUCGACACACUGCCGAGCAGAUUAUUACUUUACAUCUAGUAAAACUUCCCACUUUAGCCUAUGCACUGGUGCCAUGUAGGA